GGAGGGAGAGGGAUUGUCGGCGCGAGGACGGGGACACCAGCUGGGACCUGGUCCACACAGCAUUGCCAGUACAACAGAAAGAGUUCGAAAAUCACACACAAAGAGAGAAGUUAUUGGGGUCAUAACUGCUUCUGGCAACUGUAUUAUCAACAAGUUAGUCUCUUUUUUUGGUCUGUUUGUCUAUUUUGUUUGUUUCUUGUAGUCGAUCGACUUUAGACAUCAGUAUCAAAGCUCUGCAUUUUUUGCAAUCCAACAGGUAUUACUCAAUUUAGGCGGGCUUGAUUUAUUUUUUUUUGUUUUUAUUUGUUUUCAUCGGCUGUGAACAAGAGAGCUCUUACCGUGUCUGAUCUUUUGUAUUUCUGCUCUCCUGCACACACGCCCUGAGUAAGGCAGCUAUAACCCUACUCUCUCUUAAGUUGGCUACUUUGAAACACAUACACACACACAUACCUUUCAGCCCUCUCACCCAGACCUGGUCCAGCCUAGUCUUGCCUGCGCCACUCCCCUGGACAGGACUUUCACCUCUGAGAAGGAAGGAAGAAUAUGACUGCUGAAACACUUAACUUUGGCCCAGAAUGGCUCCGUGCACUUUCCAGUGGAGGCAGUGUGUCUUCCCCUCCUGCCUCUCCUGCUAUGCCAAAGUACAAGUUGGCCGAAUACCGUUAUGGCCGGGAGGAGAUGCUAGCACUUUAUGUCCAGGAAAACAAGGUCCCUGAAGAAAUGCAGGAUAAGGAGUUUGCUGCUAUUCUGCAGGAUGAGCCUCAACAGCCACUGGCACUGUUGCCUCUCACUGAAGAGGAGCAGAGGAACUUCUCCAUGUCUGUCAACAGUGUGGCUGUGCUGAGGCUUAUGGGUAAGGGGGGUGGGGCCGUCCCGGCUGGAGUGAACCGAGGUAGAGGCAGCGUGAGAGGCGGUCGAGGUCGAGGAAGAGGAGGAGAGAUCGGAUUCUACCAAAGAAGCAGUGAGGAAGGAGAGGGCGGUUUUGGUCGUGGUGUUCGAGAGAUCCAUCGCAGUCAGAGCUGGGAUGACAGAAGUGAGAGACGUUUUGAGAAACCUCCGCGGAGAGAAGGUGUGCGCCUUGGUUUCGAGGAGGGGGGUCCGGGUGGCAGAAAGGAGUUCAUGCGCUCUGAUAGUGACAACUGGCGCAUGCUGAGAGAGGAACAGGAGGAGGAGGAGGAGGACACAGGAGAGACUGGUGGCAGCUGGAGACUCACCGGUUCACGAAGAGAUGAUGGUGGUCCUCGCCCAGCUGGUUGGCGGGAACACUCUGGUCCAGGUGAAGUUCGCCGCAGGAAGUUUGACUUCGACUUCCGGGAUGGAGGGAAUGAGGGAGGCAGAAGGAGAGCAGGCAGCGAAGGAGCAGAGGAUGAGAGAGAUGGUCUGCCAGAGUGGUGCACAGAUGAGGAAGAUGGAGAAAUGGGAACCUUUGAUUCUUCUGGAGCGUUUAUGUCUAUUAAGAAGGGCCCGACAGACCCCAUUCCAGAAGAGGAGUUUGAGUUCCAGGGUUUGGAGGAUGAGGAAGAGGACGGUGCUUAUCAAGAGAAGAAAAACGGCUCUGGUGCUGAAAAAAGUGAGAAAGAUGUCACUGACUCUGCUCCAGUGUCUGAAACUGAAGUGAAACCAGUUUCUCCUUCCCCUUCUCCUCCUCUCCCUCCAACUCUUCCUGCUCCUGUCGCUGAGGCUGUGCCCUCUGCUGCCCCCUCUGGCCUGGAGGAGCCUCAGCCGGCUCCCUCCAUUCCCAACAAACUACCAAGUGAAGUGUUAUCAGAGGCCAUGUUAGAUUUGAGCCCCAGUGCCUCCUCCAGUCUGCCUUCAUCACCUCCCUCUUUGUCCUCUGCUGCUACUGACCUCCCACCACCGGGGGGUGAUAUUGAGGAUGAUGAGGGCAUGAAGCACCUGCAACAGGAGGCAGAGAAGAUGGUGGCAGCGCUCCAGGACACAUCUCUAGAGGAAGAGUGUUUCACCCAGACUCUUCAGGAUAGCAGAAACACAGCCUCUGCUCUUCCUCUCUCCCAUGACUCUGCCAUGAAAUGGUUUUACAAAGACCCGCAAGGAGAGAUUCAGGGUCCUUUCACUACAGUGGAGAUGUGUGAAUGGUUUCAGGCGGGGUAUUUCGCCAUGAACCUGCUUGUUAAACGUGGUUGUGAUGAGGGAUUUCAGCCACUGGGGGAAGUCAUUAAGAUGUGGGGGCGUGUGCCUUUCGCCCCUGGCCCCUCCCCUCCGCCCCUCCUGGUGAGGAAUCAAGCCCACCUUCGCCCUCACCCACCCCAGGGGGCAAUCGGUAAUAUGGAUCAGGAGCGGCUGAAGAAGCAGCAGGAAUUAGCUGCUGCCACUGCUCUUUACCAGCAACUCCAGCAACAGCAGCUGUUCCAGCUCAUCAACAGGUGUGGAGAGCAGGGUAUGAUGCCUUCGUUAAACAGGUCGAUGUCAGUGCCAGAUACAGGGUCCAUGUGGGACAUGCAUACCUCAGCCUCACAGCCAGCAGGCGGUGAGGCCAGUCUAUGGGACUUAAUGAAUUCUUCAUCUCAGGGUCCAAUUCUAGAACAGCUUCAGAAGCUACAUGAGAGAAGAGAAGCUGAACUCAGGGCCAAGCGUGAGGAAGAGGAAAGAAAACGGAGGGAUGAAAAAAGGCGAGAAGAGCAAAAAAGAAGAGAGGAGGAGGAGAUUUACAGGCGCAAACAGCAGCAGGAUUUGCUGAUGAAGUUGCUCCAGCAGACUCCACGUCAGGGUUCCUCAGGCUCCGGGUCGAGCUGGAGCGGAGGACCCAUCCCUGGGCUGGGAAAGCAGACCAAGCCCCUCAACCUCCUGGACAUCCAGCAGGAGGCUGAAAGAAUGCACAAACAACAGCACAGAGUCCAGCAGCAGCAGAGGUGGGGUGAUGCCUCUUCAUUAUGGGGAGCAGCUGGAUCUUUGGAUGGAAAGGUGGGUGGAGGUGGCAGCUCUUCUGGAGGAGGGAUGGGAGUCUGGGACGAGGCCCUCAAGAACCAGAGCGCACUUCGCAACAACAUGGGGCUGAAGAACAGCCGAAGCAGUCCAUCACUGAGUGAGCAGUACAUGAUGAGAGGCCGUAAACGCACUGAGGAAGAGGAGCGGCUGUUGAAACUCCUGCAGGGUAUGAAGUCUCAAGACGGCUUCACCACCUGGUGUGAACAGAUGCUGCAUGCGCUCAACACCUCCGCCAAUAACUGCUCCUCUUCCCAGGAUGUGCCUGCUAUUGUGGCAUACCUGAAGGAGGUGGAGUCCCCGUAUGAGGUGUUGAACAUUAUCUGCUCCUACCUGGGCGACACUGUUGAAGCCAAAGAGUUUGCCAGACAGUUCCUGGAGCGCCGUGCCAAACAGAAAGCUAACCACCAGAGACAGCAGCAGCAGCUCUCCAAAGAGAUGGCUGGACUUAGCAUGAACAACUUCCCUCUGCAGGAGACUGUACGAGGAAUGAACCCCAGUGCCCUGCAGUCUAUGUUCCAGGCAGUGCAUUCUGGGAAGGGGGGUGUGGUCUAUGAUCAGGCAGCAAAGCUGAAGAAGAAACAGCCCACGAUGCUGCACUCUGACCCAAGCAUCUUAGGGUACUCAUUCCAUGGUGGCCCUGAUCGGUAUGGUCUAAACGAGAUGGAGAUGGUCGAGGAUUACUGAAUACACAGCAAUAGCUACACGAGGCCUUUAAACCCGCGGGUCCACCUAAUCAGACUCCGCAAGUCGAAUGUGCACUGCUUUGAGGGAGAGGGGUUUGGGGAUAAGCCAGGAGUAAGGUAUCGGUUUUGGGGUGGGUGGGUUUUGCGCUGGGAAGAGAAGAAUGUAAUUCAACAGGGAAGGGAACAGGUGUGAAUUUAUUUUUGUGUGUGUGUUUUCAGGGGACGGGGGGUGAAAAAGUUCUGGCACUUACAGCAUUAAGCACCUUACACUCAGACUAAUGCACUUUAUUAAGAUUUUUUUUUUCUUUUUCGAGAAGAUUUACUUGUAUAUUUAUGUGGUAUGCUUCAGAAAUAUUACCACAUAUAUAUAUAUAUAUACUGUGUGUGUUGAAUCAGAACUGGAGUUUGUGCUGGGAGGAAAUGGUGGCGAUUGGGGGACCAUUGCGUGUUUUAGUUCAGACAUUAUCAAAAAAACAAAUCCUCUCUUUAAAGACAAACACUGUUGUUUUUUUU